AUGGCGAUGGUCCCGGUAAAUCCCGUUCCUAAUCCGCCUCCUGGAGUAGAUUUCGACGCAGAAGCUGAGGAUCGCGAUGAGUUUCAUAUCAACAAGUUGGCGACAGAUUUUACGGAAGCCGAGGAAUCGAUUCGUCAUAACGUGUACCCAGAAAGCGACGAUGAGGAUGAGGAACGUGUUCGUAGUGGUGGUGCGAGUAGGGGGACUCCCAUAGUUCGUGGUGAUGGUUCAAUGUACAAAGGGCAAAGCUUCUACAAUGGAAUCGCUUUUAAGGAGUGUGUUCUUGACUACGCACUUGUAUCCGGUUGUAACUUGAAGCAAUACAGGUACGAUAGAGAUAGAAUCGGUUUUAAGUGUGUUGGUGCUAAGGGGAAAUGUAUGUGGAAAGUUUAUGCGGCAUGUUUGCACAAUGAGUCGAUGUGGAGGAUUACAUUGUACACGAACAAGCAUAUUUGUGUACCUAAUGGAGAGUGUGAAAUGUUUAAGGUGCCAGUGAUAGCUAGGUUGUUUCUAGAUAAGAUAAGAGAAGAACCGGAAUAUUACAUGCCUUUGAAGAUGGAGCAAACUAUAAUGGAAAAGUGGAAGAUAUCAGUUACUAGAGGUCAAUGUCAAGCUGCUAGGAGAAAGGCAUUGGCAUUGAUAGAGCUUGAAUAUGACACUCAAUUUGAGCGACUCAGAGACUAUGGAGCGGAGAUAUUGGAAGCAAAUAAAGGUUAUGUUGUAGAGGUAGAGACGGUGAAGAACGAGGCUGGACAGGAUGUGUUUAAGCGGUUCUAUGUAUGCUUUGAUGCUCUUAGGAGAACAUGGAAACAAUCUUGUAGACCACUAAUAGGAGUUGAUGGUUGUUUCUUGAAAGAAAAGAUCAAGGGGCAGUUGCUGGUUGCUUUAGGAAAGGAUGCUGACAAUGCUAUCUACCCAAUGGCGACUUGGAGUUAG